CGUGGAAAAACCCGUUUAAAUACCACCACACACUCACACGUUGUUCCUGAGUGUUUGUAAAACGUUGAUUUGUCUUCACUGCUCGUGGACGAUUAUCUUGGUUGCAAGUGCCAUUGAAAUGAAAGUGAUUUUAAGUAUAUAGCCUACUUUUAGUGUUUAUAUAUAGCCUAUACCAUACACCGUGUAAAAUGAAAAGCUGCAUUUCCGUGUUUUUGGCUUUGUUCGCUACAAAUGUUUUUUGGAAAGGAGACUCGCACAGCAUGAAAAGCUCUAAAUUGACCAAGGUGCGGGGGUUUUCUUGGGAAAACUGCGGAAAGCCAGAUGACCCUGCAUUUUUGAAGACUCUGAAUUUGUACCCGGAUCCAAUUCCUUCUCCAGGAUAUUUAAUAGCAAGUGCAUCGGGUUCCAUAUUAGCAGAUCUGACCUCUCCUCUUUCAGUGAACAUGACAGUGGAAAGAGAAGUUGAUGGUGUGUGGGUAAAAAUACCAUGCAAAGAUGAUCUGGGAAGUUGUGAUUAUCCUAAUAUCUGUAAGCUGCUUGAUCAACUCUUUCCUCCAAGACAGUGCCCUGACCCUUUGCAGAAAUAUUGCCUGCCUUGCCAUUGUCCAUUCAAAGAAGAUGACUACGAUUUGCCAUCGUCGGCUAUGUACAUACCAAAUUAUGGACUGCCUGACAGGCUGACCAAUUACAGAGUACAGGGCAUUUUAAGAAGCUCUGGAAAAGAACUUGGAUGCCUUAAAGUCAGUCUCUCAAUAGCGUCCAUACUAUACAAGUAACACUGAAGCAAAUAUAAAGUGGUUGCUCUUUGAUAGUAAGGUGCUCUUUUCCUGGCUUUUGGAAGAGAGAGGAAAAAAUGAGAAAAUGUUGCUUAAUUAAAAAAAGGAAGAAGUUGAUUAAUCUACAGGAAUUUAAUGAGGUUUUUAUUUCACAAUUAAGUAUCAGUCGUUGUAUGCAUAUUUCUUGUAAGGAGAGAGUUCACACUAAAAGGAAAAUUCUCUCAUCAUUUUUAUAAUUAAAUUAAGAUUUUAAGAAGAAUAUCUCAGCUCUGUAGGUCCUCACAAUAAAAAAAGUGAAUGGGUACCAAGAUUUUGAAGCUACAAAAAGCACAUAAAGGCAGCAUUAAAGUAAUCCAUAAUACUCCAGUGUUUAAAUCCAUGUUUUCAGUAGUGAUAUGAUAGGAGUGGUUGAGGAACAGAUUAAUAUUUAAGUCCUUUUUACUAUAAAUUCUCCUCCCUGCCCAGUAGGUGGUGAUAUGCAUGAAGAAUGUGAAUUACCAAAAACAAAAGAAGAAUGUAAAAGUGGAGAUUUAUUGUAAAAAAAAAAAAAAAUUGAUAUGUUUCUCACCCACACCUAUCAUAUCACUUCAGAAGAUAUGGAUUUGACCACUGGAGUCUUAUGGAUUACUUCUGUGUUUCCUUUAUGUCCUUUUGGAGCUUCAAAAUUUUCAUUCCAUUCACUUGCAUUGUAAGGACCUACAGAGCUGAAAUAUUCUUCUAAAAAUCUUUGUUUGAGUUCAGCAGGAGAAAGUAAGUCAUACACACCUGGGAUGGCAUGAGGGUGAGUAAAUGAUGAGAGAAUGUUCAUUUUUGGGUAAACUAUCCUUUUAACAAAGAAAUGAUCUACUGAAUUUGCUGUUGUGAUGAUUUAUACAUUAUGUCCUUGAUUAAAUAAAGCAGUUAAUUGCCUAAAAGGUGCUGGGUUUAUUCUGAAUCAGUUUAAAGUGAAUUUUAUUACCAUGUUUGUUCUUAAUAAACAUUAAAAUAAUUAACAGUGGUUUUGAAACUGGCUCCUGUGUUUUCGCUUCAAAGGAACACUGGUGCAAGGUGUAGUUUUCAAUCCACACACUUGGUGGCAUCAAAUGCAGCUUUUGUUGUCAUUGCAUUUUAGCAGUGCCUUGAGGACAAGUUGGCAAAUUAAUGUGAAAUUAAUUUGCAACAGUGUCUUGCACAUUUUAUGGGCUAAGAGGAUUAAAUGCUGUAAAGAUCUGUAUAUUAUAUAUUCUUCCAGGAUACCAUAAUACGGUCCAUUGUAAAACGCAAGCCAGUUUUUUGUUAUCCUGUCAACAUUGUUUGCAUUACUGAUUUUCAGACUGUCUUUAAAGUGUUGUACAGUCCUAAAUCCAGAUGUCCAAGUGGAAUGCUGAGUCUAGUCACAGAGAGCUAGACUAGCCAUGUUCUUCAUUUUUACUGACUGCUAAAUACAGAUCUGCUGUCACUUGUAAACCUGUAGACAUACAAUUGCAGUGUAUUUCCUGGCUGAAAUGUGGUCAUUACUAGGAUUCAUUGUAUUUAUGAAGUUUAGAACUCUCAAAUGUAUAUAAUCAGCAUUGUGUAUUAUUCUGCAUAUCAUUUUUGCAUUAACAGUGUUAAUUAAACCUAACCUGAUAGUUU